UCGGCUUUUAAUAUCUUGCUCUGUUCCACUUUAGAUUUCUUGAGAGAAUAUAAUUCCUUUGCUUUCCAAACACCACGUUAAUCUAAAUCUUCAUGGCGCCAAUUGUCGGCUAUUAAUCAAAACUAUUUCUUCCUGAAAUUUUGGAUUAUAUAAAAUUUGAACCCAAUCGCUCCAUAAACAUGCAACGUAAGAUUCUGAUUCUUCUCCCUAACUAACUGAUUUUGGAUUUCAUUUGUGCGAAUAAUAACCCCCCAAAUCUGAAAGUCUUUCCUUCAAGCCUUCAAGGUGAGAUGGAUGCACCAAAUGGAUCCCAAGAUCCUGAGAAAACCCUUGAUUCACAAGUCAAAGCGUUCUUUGAUUCUGCUCCACCUCUCCAGAAUAUGAAUGACAUCUUUCAGAAAUUGAAUCACUUCAUUCAGCUGAAUUCUUUAUCUUCAGAAAAUGGGAUAGGUAGGAGAAUUGUUUGUGUGACUUCUGGUGGCACCACUGCUCCAUUGGAGCAGCGGUGCGUUCGCUAUGUUGACAACUUUAGUUCAGGUCAUAGGGGAGCCACAUCCACUGAGUAUUUUCUGAAGGCGGGAUAUGCUGUGAUCUUCUUGUACCGGAGAGGAAGUUUCCAGCCAUUCUGUAGAUCCCUUCCUGAUGAUCCCUUACUUGAAUGCUUUGAGGCCACCGAAAGAUUAAACAUUCAAGUCCGUGAGGCUUAUUCUAAAGCAGUGAAGACCGCCAUCAUGGAUCAUCAUGCUCCAGUGACUAGUGGUCUCCUGUUAAAGCUUCCUUUCAGCACUAUAUUUGAGUAUCUUCAGAUGCUGCAAAUCAUUUCAAAGCCAAUGAAGGAUAUCGGCCCACGUGCAAUGUUCUAUCUUGCUGCUGCAGUAUCUGACUUUUAUGUUCCUUGGAAGGACAUGGUAGAACAUAAAAUUCAGUCUGGAUCUCACAUCUUGGAUGUGAAACUUGUUCAAGUGCCAAAGAUGCUAUCAGUGCUUAGAAAAGAUUGGGCACCCCUUGCUUUUUGUAUAUCUUUCAAGUUAGAGACAGAUUCAAACAUUCUUCUAAAUAAGGCGCGGGGUGCUCUCGAGAAGUACAAUAUGCAUGCUGUUGUUGCGAACGAGCUCUCCACGCGCAAGGAGCAAGUGGUGGUUGUCACCAUUGACGACAAGAUUACAGUUCAACGAGAUAAGAGUAAGGCUGAUGAUGAUGUAAAGAAUCCCCUCAUUAAGCUUCUUUCUCAGAGACAUUCAGCUUACAUUGAGGAUUCUAAGAGAACGAGGUGAUUCACUUUUUGGCUUCUUCUCCAUGUUGCAAUUCCAUGACAACUCAACUCUCGUUGUAUGUAAUAAAACCAUGAAAAUGAAAAGGAUUACACAAUAUAGAUAUAUUGAAAUUGUGGUUUUAGUAAAUGAAGGAAGAGAAAAUAGAAAUAGUGUUAAAAAGGAGAUAGUUUCAAUGGGAGAAAUAAGUAGUUUAAAUUUUAAUGUACUGUAUCAAGGUUACAAGUUUUCUACUUUUUUUAAUAUUUAACCAUAUUGGAUUUAGCUUGUUU